AAAAGAAGAAAAAUUGAAAAUUUGUCAUCGCUUCUAAAACCCCAAUUCUCUGGAAAGCAGCAACAAGGUUUCUCUCUAGCAACGGGUUUGCUCUGCAGCAUUGAAUUUCCCAGGAGUCUGUAAGAAUGGACGCGGCAAUGAAAGAGAGCCUUCUGGCUUCUGUUCACUCCACUGUGUUCAAAGAAUCAGAGACCCUUGAAGGGAACUGCAUAAAGAUUGAGGGUUACGACUUCAAUCGUGGAGUCGAUUACCGUCAGCUUCUGAGGUCCAUGGUCUCCACCGGAUUUCAAGCCUCCAACCUCGGGGAGGCGAUCGAGGUGGUUAAUCAGAUGCUAGACUGGAGGCUCUCUGAUGAGACUAUAACUGAAAAUUGCAGCGAGGAGGAGAGAGACCAAGCAUAUAGAGAGUCUGUCAGAUGCAAGGUGUUCCUCGGUUUCACUUCCAACCUUAUCUCGUCUGGUGUCAGAGAUACAGUUCGUUAUCUUGUUCAGCAUCACAUGGUCGAUGUAGUAGUGACAACAGCUGGUGGCAUAGAGGAAGAUCUUAUAAAAUGCCUUGCGCCUACAUUCAAAGGUGAUUUUUCCCUGCCUGGAGCUCUCUUGCGCUCGAAAGGAUUGAACCGCAUUGGUAACCUGUUGGUUCCUAAUGACAACUACUGUAAAUUUGAGGACUGGAUAAUUCCAAUAUUUGACCAGAUGCUGAGGGAGCAGAAAGAAGAGAACGUAUUAUGGACACCUUCUAGGGUGAUUGCUCGCUUGGGGAAAGAGAUUAAUGAUGAAAGGUCAUACCUUUAUUGGGCACACAAGAAUAAUAUUCCGGUCUUCUGUCCUGGGUUAACGGAUGGCUCACUGGGAGACAUGUUAUACUUCCACUCCUUCCGUAGUCCUGGUCUAAUCAUUGACGUAAUCCAAGAUAUUAGGGCCAUGAAUGGCGAAGCAGUCCAUGCUGGCCCUAGAAAAACUGGAAUGAUAAUCCUGGGAGGAGGGAUGCCUAAACAUCACAUAAGCAAUGCUAAUAUGAUGCGCAAUGGGGCGGACUUUGCUGUCUUUAUCAAUACAGCCCAAGAAUUUGAUGGAAGUGAUUCUGGAGCUCGUCCAGAUGAGGCUGUUUCUUGGGGAAAAAUACGUGGGUCUGCCAAAACUGUUAAGGUACACUGUGAUGCUACCAUCGCUUUCCCUAUACUGGUUGCUGAAACAUUUGCUGCAAGGAAAGAAAUAAUUCAACAAGACUGAGGAUCUGAUCCAAAUUUUAGGAGAGUGAAGACUCUCGCCCAUUUAUCUUUCAUUGCUAAUUCUUGAUAUGGCCAUCAGGUAUCGGCGAUUGAUUACAGUUGUUAAUCGGUUGCAAUAUUAUAUGCUUUAAUCAUUUUUGGAGGACUAGCUCCCAAAAAUUUAUCAUUUCUUGAGGCUAGUCUGCUGACGGGUGUUACGGGAAAUCCCUGCGGCAAGCUAACUUGAUUUGUUGGGAAAGGGCUACCAAUUGGUGAGGAUUUGUGUGAUAGAUUUUGUAGAAAUGUAAACAGAUGGCGCUCAUUUUUCUGUUAUUUUACCUUGCACUGACUGUAAGUGGGACAGGACACUGUGGAUCACACUGAAUAGCUAUUUUCAGUAUACUCGUUUGUUGCAUUAGUGGAAAGAAACAAUCGUUUCACUUGUCCUUGGAAAAAGAAACUUAGGAAGCAUGGUGAUGCUAACUCUUGGUUUGAUCA